AUGGAGGGGACUAUGAAUGGAGGUGCUGAUUCUAUUAAGGAAGGAGGAAAGAGCAUCGAUAGGGAGCAAGAUUGGCUGGCAGAGAAAGCGGAAAAACGUAUUGAUGAGUUGAAGCCCAUGGUACCUGAUGUUGUUAAAAUCAUCAAAGAAGCUGUCAUGAGAGUUAUUAGAUUUGGUGCCACUCGAGUUAUUGUUAUCGGAAAUUUUUCAAUCGGUUGCAUGCCCAUAUACCUUACAGAAUUUCACUCUAAUGAUUCUAGUGAAUACGAUGAAUUUCAUUGCCUCAAGGGACUGAAUAACUUUGCAAUGUAUCACAAUGAACAACUCUGGCAAGAAAUUAAAGAAUUGGAAGAAGAGAAUCCAAAAGUGAAGAUAGUAUAUGGGGAUUACUACAAUGCCUACAUGUGGAUUUUGAGGAAAGCUGCAUUGCUUGGUUUUGAUCCAAAAUCACUGCAAAAAGCUUGUUGUGGGAGUGGAGGCGAUUAUGAGUUUAGUCUUAAUAGAAUGUGUGGGGCUCCUAAUCAACUGGGCCAAGGGGAAUUGUUUGGGGAGAUAGAGUUGAGGGUGGAAAGAGUAUUAGAAGGAGAUAUUGAGGCAAAUGUGGAUGCAGCUCAGCAACCUAGGCCUAGGAGAAAAGGCAAAACUGGAAUGGAAGAUGGGGCUGCUGCUGUCGCUGCUGGAACUGUGUUUAGCAAACACCAUAACAGCAUUCUCAGUGGUGGCUUACUUCAUCCCGGGGUCAACUGUAUAAGUUUCACUGGCAUUGCAAUUUCAAAGGCAGGAAUGAUCCCUCUUCAGUUGGAGUUGGGUGGAAAAGAUGUCUGCCUUGUGCUGGAGGAUAUAGAUCUUGAUUUGGUUGCAGCAAACAUUAUCAAAGUAGGCUUUUCAUACAGUGGCCGAAGAUACAAAACCAUUAAGGUGGUGGUGGUGAUGGAAUCUAUAGCUGGUGCUCUAGUAGGAAAAAUGAAUGCAGGAGUUGUAAAGCUGAGAGUUGGGCAGCCAGAGGAUAACUGUAACAUCACUCCAGUGGUUAUAGAAUCAUCUUCGAAUUUCAUUGAAGGACUUGUCAUGGAUGUCAAAGAGAAAGGAGCAAGCUUUUGCCCGGAAUGGGUUAAUUACCUCAUUUGGCCCUUGCUUCUAGAUAAUGUAAGAGCUGAUAUGAGGACUGCAUGGGAAGAGCCAUUUGGAUUUGUUCUUCCAGUUAUCAAGAUCAAUUCUAAUGAAGAAGGAACCCAUCGUUGCAAUGCUAGCAAUAAACAAAUUCAAGGUUGUUUGUUCAUAAAAGACAUCAAUAGAGCUGUGUUGAUAAGUAAUGCAACGGAGACCGGAAUAGUUCAAAUCAACUCUGCACCAGCUUAUAGUCCAUAUCAUUUUCCUUUUAAGUGCUUGAAGGACAAUGGAAUUUCAUCACAAGGCAAAACCAACAGCAUUAACAUGAUGACCAAAGUCAAGAGCACUGUCAUCAGCUUUCCAAGUUCUUCUUACACCAUGGGUUAG